CCAGUGGGUCACCUUAAAAGCGCACAACAACGCAAGCGUACAGCGAGGUUUCAAUUUUUUUCUCUAAAGCCGGACUCGGGCCGCGGAUCGCAACAAGGUUGACGCACUGAGGCAAAAACGAACGAACGACCCCAACCAGGAGAAUGUCUGAACCCAUGUACCGCGAUUGGAUUUUGGACACUAUUGACUCACUGCGGUCGCGAAAAGCCAGACCAGACCUUGAAAGAAUUUGUCGAAUGGUCCGGAGACGACAUGGAUCAGCGCCAGAACAAACCAGCGAGGAACUCGAGAAACUGAUCCAAGAGCAAACAGUCUUGAAAGUUAACUACAAGGGCUCGAUUUCCUAUCGAAAUGCAGCCAAAGUAGUCAGAAGAACCAGGAAAAAGGAUGACCACACGACCAUAAAAACUACCGUGGAAGAAGCUAACCAUUCUGAUUUGAGCAACGGGGACAGCGCGCUCGGUCCCAUUGACCAGGAUGAGACGGAGCAUUUGGAGAAUGAGCUGCCAGUGUCAAUGGAGACAGACAGCACCAUGGAAGAGGAGGAAGAACAGGAGGGGGCUGAUGAAGAUGGCCAUGAGGGCUCCUCUCCCUCUCCUGGGGGUGAGGAUGCUGUGCAGGGGGGGUCUGGUGCUGCCCCCCCCUACUCUGCCCCCUGCUCCCCCAGCGGCUCUCGCCCUGGCCACAGCCCUGUGUCUGACCGCCCCUCUACCUGCAAGACCAGUAAGAGGUCUAGCCCUCUGUCCCCCUCUAGUCCCCUGGCCCUCAGGCAGAAUGACUGUGUGUGUGACUCUGCCUUCUGCCCUGCUGAUCAUGGACCCUCAGGGAUGCAGAGAAACACAGGAACUGGGGCUUUAAAGACGAUAGUACAGCCAUCGGGGACCUGUCCCUGGGUUCAGAAGAGCUUGGUGAAGAGAGAGAGAGAGGAUGGGGUGAGGAUGGAGGAGAGUGGCCUCACUUCUGACCAACUGGUUCCUGACGGUGUGGAUGAGACCAUGAAGGGUUCUGACAGACAGCCCAAGACGUUGUCUUUUCCCUCUGACGACUGUGCUAAAUACAAGAAGGGGAUGGACGUGGCCUCUUACGUGAUGGCUCAAGACGAUGUGAAAAACAGAGAAAUCUCUGUGAAGAAGGAGACGCUGAGGCAGAACUUAUUGCUGUGGAGCGUGGCGGACGUGGCCACCUACAUCUCUGCUGCAGGCUUUCCAGAGCAGGCUGUAGCUUUCAGAACACAGGAAAUUGAUGGAAAGUCCUUGCUCCUGAUGCAGCGCAGUGACGUGUUAACUGGCCUGUCCAUCAGACUUGGGCCCGCCCUAAAGAUCUACGAGCGCCACGUGAAGAUGCUGCAGAGGACCCACUUCCUGGAUGAGGAGGAUGAUCUCUGACCACGGUUGGGGGGAACAGAACAACACACUCCUCUAAGGAGCAGACGUAUUCAUACAGUAUACACACAUACUGUGUUCACUGGAUCUCUAGAACCUUCUGUAACCAUUCAAGGAGGUGUGGGGAAAAGGACACCGUGGUCAUGACUUGGGCCUUGACAGUGAUUAUCAACAUGUGUAUGUGGGCUUCCAUUCCACCUCCCUGUGGUACUGCUGUCACCUGACCCAUUCUGGUGGUAUUGCUUUUAUAGGACCCCUCUCUAAACUCAUAUAGGAAUGUUAGGAUCCUGCCUAAUGACGCUAUAGAAGUCAAAUGGAGGUCUGCCUGUUCUGUAAGGGGAGGUCUGCCUGCUCUGUAAGGGGAGGUCUGCCUGCUCUGUAAGGGGAGGUCUGCCUGCUCUGUAAGGGGAGGUCUGCCUGCUCUGUAAGGGGCGUGUCAGUGAGUGCAGCCAGUGAGAAAGACUCUCUCUGGAUUCCUCAGACUCUACACUUGGCUACAACUGGAGCCUACUUUAAAAGACUGGUUUCUGUGCUCCCUGAGUCAGUUCCACAAGAAAAUAAUAACAUGUAUACUUGGAAUAUCUGUUCCAGCAAAUAUGGUUCUAGCAUUUCUUCAUUGUUUACUCAGACAGUAUUUUUUUAAGGACAUGUCAUAUGGUACCCUCCAUUUAUCUAGAAACUCAAUGUUGUUUUUCUUUUAUGAUGACAAUGUGAACUGAUUUCAUUUGAGAAUGUACAGUAUGAAUUUGUUGAUUCAUCAAAGGUCAGUGAUGUUGUCAAUCUCUCAUUAUACCAGCAAAGGAAAUGGAGCUUAGUCUCCAGAUGUUCUCAUGGCUGCACCAGUACUGACCUAGGUUUUAUUACUGUUGUUAUCUGUUUCACUAACAUUUCGAAACAACUGAAUUCUGUUCUUUCUUUUUUUUAAAGAAAGAACAGAACUUCAUAACUUUAGGAAGUGUCAUUGUAGCACUAAUACGUUUUCUUUGUUUACAACCUCAACACAGCAACACAAUUCCCCACGACAUGGUAGACAUCUUGAUCAAAUUCAACAUUGUUGUUAUCUGAGAGGAUUACAAUGACGUCUCUUAAUUUUGCCUUGUGGCUUCUGCUUUUGAAACAACGUCACAUUCCAUAUUUCCAUCUGUUACGUGUUUGAUGUCACACUGUUAAUUGCUAUGUUGGCCCUGUUUCCAGGGGGGGAAAUGAAGUUAUUGUCUUUUC